AUGCAGAAACCAGCCAGAGCGAUCGCUACCCAUAUGAAGGAGCGCGAGCGCCUUCCUGUCGUCCCACAGUCACCUCACUACGUGCCACAAUCCGAUGUGGAGAGCAACUUGUCGUCGCAGAAGGCGUCAACCAAUAGUAACCACACAGGUCUCUCAAAAGUUGAGCGAGACAUCAGACCUGAGCCAGCCUCCGAGUUCUCAAUGAACACGAUUCAGCUCAUCGCGUUCAUCUCCGUCACUUGCGUCUCUCAGCUGCUGUCUCUGAGCGCUAUGAACCAAACUGUAGCUCCAGUCGUCUUGCUCGCCCACUACUUCAACGUACCAAAUCCUGGCGAAUUGAGCUGGUUCUCAGCUGCAUAUAGUAUGAGUGUUGGGACGUUCAUACUACCAGCUGGUCGAUUAGGCGAUAUGUAUGGACACAAAAGGAUCUAUCUCCUUGGUUGGCUGUGGUUCUCUGUGUUCAGUCUGAUAACAGGAUUCGCUUAUGCAUGGGGCAGCAUUGUCUUCAGCACAUUGCGCGCGCUUCAGGGCAUUGGUCCUGCUUUGUUAAUCCCGAACGCUGUUGCUUUAAUUGGGCGCACUUUGCCUGCGGGCGAGAAGCGUAUGAUUGGAUUUGCAUGCUUCGGCGCCUGCGGACCACUUGGUGCAGCCUUAGGUGCAGUCUUCUCGGCUUUGAUUGCUGAGCACUGGUGGUGGCCAUGCAAUUUUUGGGUCUUGUCUUUCGUCGCUCUCAUCGUCAUGGGUGUUGCUUACCUUGUGUUGCCAACAGACUUUACGCGGGAGAACGAACUGAGAUCCGAGAAACCGAGCUUUGAUUACUGGGGUACAUUCACAGGCGUCACUGGAUUGAUCCUCGUCAAUAUGGCGUUGAAUCAGGCUCCUCUAGUGCUUUGGUCCACGCCGUACAUCGGAGCUCUUUUGGCUGUUGGCAGCUUAUUGCUGAUUGCGUUCAUAGUCGUGGAGCUGAAGGUUACCGACCCUCUGGUACCGAUUCGUGGCCUUUCUCGAGACGCGGUCUUCGCAUUGAGCUGCAUUGUGGUAGGCUGGGCAUCACACGGCAUAUGGGCAUACAAUCUGUACCUCUUCCUCGAGCUCCUACGCGGACAAUCCGCUCUCCUAACAUCCGCCCAAACAUCACCCGUGGCCAUCACUGGUAUUCUCUUCGCUUUCUCUACUGUCUGGCUUAUACAACGCCUGGGCGUAGCGUACGUCAUGCUCCUCUCUAUGAUCUUCUUCGCGGUAGGCGCUCUGCUCCUGGCCACCAUGCCGCUGCAUCAGACCUACUGGGCCCAGACAUUUGUAUCCGUGCUCAUCAUGCCCGGGGCAAUGAAUCUCAGCUACCCGGCGGCGAACAUGCUGAUGUCCACUGCGCUGCCUAAGGAGAAACAGGGCGUGGCGGCUAGUCUUGUGAGUACUCUCGUCAACUAUAGUAUCUCUGCUGGCCUGGGUUUCGCGGGGAGCAUCGAUAGGUAUACCACAGAUGCUGCGUUUGGGGGCCUACGGGACGGGAAUGUGUCACAUGGUAUGUGGGCCUCAGAUGAACGUGCAGAUCGGAUCCGGCUCGAAGGGCUACGCUCUUCAUUUUGGUUUGCAGUCGGCUUGGGUGGUUUGGGGGUCAUUGUUGCAAGCUUCUUCGUUGUGGUGGUGAAGCGAAGAUCGAGAGCUGGACUGCGGCGUGGCUAA